AUGCUGGAGCCGCCCCCCGAGCGCUUCCCCGGGACCCCCCACCCUGUGCGGGUCUUUGAGCGUUCGGUCUACAGCGACAGGUACGUCUUUGCCAAGAACCUGUUUGAGGUCGGGCACCUGCAGCCGCUGGAAUGGGCCAUCUACCAGGACUGGCACAGCUUCCUGCUGCGGUGCCGGGAGCGGCUGCGGCGGCGGGCGAGGAGCGAGGAGUUGGGCAUCCAGCUGGGAUACCUGCAGCAGCUCCACGCCCAGCACGAGCGCUGGCUGGUGGAGAAAACCACGGAGUGA